CUCCUCUGUGCGCUCUACUGUUUGCAUUGUGUCUGAGCUGCCGGCGAGCUUUAAAAAUAUUAUACCCACCGCGGCAAUGUCGGGCAGGUCGGUCCGAGCUGAGACCCGGAGCAGGGCGAAAGAUGACAUCAAGAGGGUUAUGGCCGCUAUUGAGAAAGUACGAAAAUGGGAGAAAAAAUGGGUGACUGUUGGAGACACGUCCCUUCGCAUCUACAAGUGGGUGCCAGUGACAGAGCCAAAAUCAGAUGACAAAAACAAGAACAAGAAGAAGGGCAAAGACGAGAAAUACGGCUCAGAGGUGACGACUCCAGAGAACAGCUCCUCUCCGGGGAUGAUGGACAUGCAUGAUGACAACAGCAACCAGAGCUCCAUCGCUGACUCGUCCCCAGUGAAACAGGAAAACAGUUGUAGCACCAGCCCUGCCCCAGAGCCCACCUCCGCAUCACACCGUGACAAUGGCGAGGCCAAGACUGACCAGAGCCCAGACAGCAAGAGGGGUAAGACCAUCUCUUCAUCAGAGACCUCAGAGAGAGCACAAAGUGCCAAGAGAGACAGCCUGUCCUCAGGGGAGAAGGACUCUUCAGACAGCAAAGCCACUCAGGACCUAGAGGAUGAAGCCCCGCCCAGCAAGAAAAGCAAACUGGAGUCCUCGUCUCAGGACUUUGAGGAGAGUUAAAUGUUUGGGGGCUGAGUCAUUACUCUUCUUCAGCCUCCUGUCUCUUUCCCUUUGUACCUUCCUCCAUUAACUCUAGGUAAUUUAGGGCUAAUGGAUGUACUGGCUCUCCUCUCACUCCUGUUUCUCUUCCCUCACCUUCCCUUCUCUACCCAAACUAAAAGGGAUAAUGGACGUCUCCCACCCUUCCUCUCUCACUCUCACCCUAAUGGCUGCUUCCCCUCCAGUUUGCCACCUUUGCCCCUGACACUCCCUUGUCACAGAGGGAGAAUGGAUAUUACCUCUGUUCACUGGUCCCCUCCGUGCUUCCUUCCAGUCCUCCACACUUCUCACUAAUGCCAAGAGACACGCCGAACCCAGGCUGCAACCCCCUCUGUGAACAGGGGCAGCGCUGUCAGCCCAGCCACCGCCAGGCCAGACGACAAACCCUGACCUGCUUCUGUGACUAAAAGAGUUAACACUGGGAUUAGGAUGAGGUCAGUCGCAGACACUGCUCUGAGACCGUUUUUUUUUUUUUUUUUUUUUUUUUAAACGUUUCACUGCUAAGGGUUUAGCUCAGGACAACUGAAGAGGCUAGCCUGGUCUCAGAUCAGCGGCUGCAGAGGGAACCUCCACCCUAGGACCACGUCACUUCAAUCCUCCCGAUGCGCCUCCUGUUAGACUAAUGUUCUAUAUUUGUUUAGGAAGUGUUUAGGGUUUUUUUCUCAGGAGGGUCAAUGCACUGUUAUGGUAUGUCACAAUCGAUCACAGAUAGAUUUGCUGCUGUAGUGGAUGUCUUUUUUCUCUAUCCAUGAAAAGUUAACCAUUGACUUUUUUUUUUUUAAGUGAUAUCAUUUAUGGUUCGUAGAGGAAGAAUACGACAAUGGUACUGGUCAAGAUAAACUCUUGGAUAAGUAGUGAAGACGGGCAUAGCUAGCGUAGGUCCUGGAGGUGUGCCUUGAGUUGCUACGAUUAAAUACACGUUUUUAGGUCAAACAAGUUUUGAAUUACAAUUUUGGUGCCAUGUUUUGUUUUGUUUUUGCCUUAUAAUUAUCACUAAUUAGUUUUCUCUGAUAUUUAUUUUCAACUGCAACUGUUUGGUUUCAUUUAAAGGAAUAGCUGAAAAUUUUGGGAAAUAUUUGCUUUCUUGCGGAGAGUCAAAGCAGAAGCCUGAUAGCACCGUCACACCUGUACGUUAAAUAUGAAGCAUUAGCCAGGAGUUGGUUAGCUUAGCUUAAAAGCUGGAAAGAAAAAAGGGAAAUGGCUAGGCUAGGUUUGUCUAAAAUCAAUAAAAAUGUAACUAGGAACACCUGUAAUGUUGCAGCAUCGCCAAAAUCCACCGGAAUAAGUUUCCUCAGUGGGUGUGGCCCACAGCAGGAGGGGGCAGGAAACAGCGUUGGCGGAAGCUAGCCUAGCACGACAUACAUAACAUACCAUUUCAUUUUGGUCAUUUUACUGUUGUGAAUUUGCCUCCAGGAAAUCACAGCUUCUGUUCAAAACAGGCUGUCCCAUGCGUUGCUGUGAAAAUGCCACUUUUGAUUUUUACACUUUGGUUUUUUCUAUCAGAGAACUUUGGAGAUAGCAGUAGGUGAAAGUAACUUAAUUAUUAACAUGCUAUUUAUUAUUUAUUUAAAACUCUUAUUUUAAAAUUUAUACGAGAAUGACAAAAGGCCGUGUGGCUCAUUACUUCUUGGCACAUAACACGAGUUUUGGAGGUGCUGUUAGGUGGAUCCUGUGCUCACGCCAGGCUAACUGUCUCCUGCCACUGUAUUAGCUUCAUAUUGCAUUAGCGCACAGCUCUCGGCAAGGAAGCAAAUUAGCGUGUUAUUCCUUUAAAACAGUUGGAGACUGGAAUUUGAACACUACCCAGAAGUUAAUUUAGUUUUGUCUUGUGGAAAUGUUACCAUCUGUAAACCUCAGUGAGUCAGAUCACCAGUUGUCGGUCUUUGUCUGCUUUAAGUGUUGUUUUUCUUUUGUUUUUUUGAGCACCUUAAGUAGAAAUGGACCGAUUUCUGUGACUGGUUUUCCCACCUGCUCUACCAUUUAAUCACUUUUCUCUGUAAGUCUUCUGUGUGUCACUACUUCUCUAUGACCUGCUAAAGUCUUUUAUCUCAAACAUUGGUUCUAAUCCUCCUUCAAGGUGCUGUCUGUUGGCUGAAUCCAUACACACGUGGCAUCAAGCUCUUGGUUUUGUGCAGAUUUGUGCAAUUUACUUGAACUCUGUGCGGAUUCAGGCCUGUGACCUCUAAUGUACAACCUCACCCAUCUAAGAUUUACUUUCAUUAAUUGAGAUUUACUCGUCAACAAGGAUUGAAAUGAAUUGAAUCACAACAAACCAAUGACUUCAUAACAUAACAGGGGCUUUAUGAUGCAGAAUUACUUGAUCAGAUUUCAGCAAAUCAGCAUUCACAUGGAUGGAGAGAAAA